GCAUACACUUCGUUAUCAGAUAAACAAUUCACAUUCACGCGUUGCUAUAUAUAUAUAUAUUAUACUAGUGAUUUGAACAAUAUGGCGCUUAAACUGGAAGAUGUCCCAUGCAUAAAUCUUGGCCAGUUUAUACUGGGAUAUUUGAAGAAACAUGACGGGAAGUCUACGGCAUUGGUUGAUGGAACCACUGACAAAAGUUAUACGUAUUCAGAAUUGAUAGAGAGGACAGAGCGUGCAGCAGCUGGUCUGCAAAGAUUUGGUGUGUGCAAAGAUGAUGUCAUAGGUGUUGUGUCAUCUAACUGUCCGGACUAUUUGAUUGCCUUCUAUGCCUCAGCCCUGAUAGGUGCUACUUUUCAACCAGUCAACCCGUUAUUCACUACAGAGGAUAUCAAGAAAAUGUUUGAACAAGGUGGCACAAAAUAUGUAAUGACCAUGCCAGAAAUGAUUCCAAAAGUGACAGCAGCUAUAAGUAGCCUUGGGGACACAGCUUCAAGCAAGGUUAUUGUUUUUUGUGAUGCUAAUGCUGCAGGAGAUCAUGUGACAUUCCAGUCCCUGGUAGAUAGUUCUGAUGGACAGUAUACAAUCCCGGCUGGUGAUCCAAAGAAAGAUGUGGUGGCCCUUAUGUCAUCUUCAGGGACAACUGGGUUCCCGAAGGCUGUACUGAUUUCUCACUAUGCUGUUGUAUCAAACACCCUGAUACUGGAUACAGCACCACUAACUCAUCCAGCUGAUUCCUUAAUCUUGUUCAUGCCACUAUUCCACAUGUAUGGACUUUAUGUGUUAGCAAUGUACACACAUUUCAUAGGGGCCAGACUUGUUAUUAUGAAGAAAUACACCCCUGAUGAUUACCUAAGGCUUAUAGAGAAAUACAAGCCGAAUGCUCUUCAAGUUGUGCCACCAAUAAUGGUAAUGUUGUCAAAGAAUCCGAAAGUUUCGGAAUACGAUUUAUCCUCAGUGACGUCAAUAAGUUGCGGAGCUGCCCCACUUAGCAAAGAAAUUGAAGACAAUGUUAAAACCAGACUGAAUUUGACAUGUGUCCGGCAAGGAUAUGGUAUGACAGAGAUUGGUGUGACACAUUUCAGUGGGAAGGAUGACUUUAGAUAUAAAUCUGUUGGAAAACUUCUCUCUUUGUUUGAGAUGAAGAUUGUCCACGUUGAUACAGGCAAAACUUGUGGUGUGGACGAGGAAGGUGAAAUCUGGAUAAAAGGACCACCAGUUUGUCUUGGCUAUCUCAAUGCACCAGAAGAAACUAAAAAUUUCUUCACAGAAGAUGGCUGGGCCAAAACUGGUGAUAUUGGCCGUGAGGAUGAAGAUGGUUAUUUGUUUGUUGUUGACAGACUAAAGGAACUGAUCAAAUAUAAAGGUUUUCAAGUGGCACCAGCAUCACUGGAAGAUGUUUUACUGCAUCAUGACGCUGUUGCUGAUGCUGGUGUUGUUGGCUUACCUGACGAGGAAGCAGGGGAGUUACCAAGGGCUUAUGUUGUGAAAAAGCCAGGGAAGGAAGUUAUAGAAAAGGAACUCAUUGAUUUUGUUAAUGGUAAAGUUGCCCCACACAUGAAGCUGAGAGGAGGUGUAGAAUUUGUCAGUGAAAUCCCAAGAACUGCAUCUGGAAAAAUUCUACGAAAAACGUUAAGAGAGAAGGCAAAAACCUUUGCGGGACAGAUGCCUGCUCUAUAAAUUUGGAUGGUUAUUUAUACAAAGUUGAAACGUAGAGCAGAAUUUAUUUAUAGUAUGACAGUCUUAAAAACAUUCAAUGAAUUACAGAAACAAGCAUGUUAACAACUACACAAGUGUUUUUGAGUGUGUAAAGCGAAGCAGAUUUCUCUUACACGUUGUUAGCGCUAAAACAGUUACCGUCAAACCGGAUCUUCCCAUCUGCAUAAUAUGAACCUCUCGCGUAUAAUUGUUUAGUUGUACGCAUAUUUUAGUAUUGCAUCAAUACCCAAUCAUAUAUUGCAGUAAAAUUUGGAUAAUGGCACCAUUUGUCUCUUCUGACCAAUCGAAUUGCUUGAAUUAUUAGAUAUUGGAUUUGUUUUGUUAGGCUAAGAAGCUACGAGAAGUACUUUGCAUUUUGUAUAUUGAUAUCAUGUAUAUGCAUUUUUAGCGAGGCUGGUCUUUAUUAUCAUGACAGAAUAAAGAAAAGCCUGGA